AUGGCCGUCAAGUCUAUCCUUGUUCUUUGCGCUUCAGCGUGUUUUGUUAAGCUGACAUCAUCCCAGUGCAUUGGAGCCGUGAACACCAUAGCUGGAAACAACUUAGUAGCUGAAGAAUUACUAUCUGGCAACCUAUUAACUGGAAACCUAGCUUAUGGAGGACUCAGAGCUCCUUAUGGACAAGGAAUAGGCUAUGGCUACGCUGGAAACACUAUUUCCCCAACCAGUGGAGGAGGCUUUGCAGUCACUAGCUACUCCCCAAUCGUUCCUAGUGGAAUCACUGUUAUUUCUAACAACGCUAUCGAAGGUGCUUUAGCUGUCAAUGGAAUGAUGCCUUUCUUAGGAGCUAUUGCGUUAGAAGGUGCCUUACCCACUGCUGGAGCCGGUGGUAUUAACUACGGCUGUGGAAGUGGCUCCGUGGCUAUUGUUAGUGAAGGCGUGGCUCCUAAUGCUUACGGUCCCGUGGCUACUGCUGGUCCUGCGUACCCAGCUGCGGGCUAUGGGCUGGGUAGUGUAGGUUAUGGCCCAGCCCUGGGCAAUGGACUCGGUUUUGGAACAAAUGGUCUCGGUUUGGGCUGCGGAGCUUUCUAAUUA